AUGCUUAGCAAGCGAUCAAUGCCAGCCGAUUUCUACGUGGCUCCAUUGGCCACCGGAAAAGUUGCAUCCAAUGCUUCCGGAUACUCGGAUGACCAAGAAACUUCCAACAUUUACAGACAGCCCUCCGAGAUGACUCCACCUGCCACUCCGAAUGGCUCGUACGAGAACCUGGCCCCCGAGUCUGAGGGGCCGCUCAUUUUCCACAACUUUCUGAGGGCAUUCUACCCGUUUGAUCCUACCUAUGCUAUGACAGACUCAAGCAUUACACUGCCCUUGAAUGAGGGUGAUAUUGUACUGAUACAUUCCAUCCACACCAAUGGGUGGGCAGACGGUACUCUCUUAGCAUCUGGUGCGAGAGGGUGGCUUCCAACGAAUUAUUGCGAGUCUUACGAGCCACCCGAGAUGCGAAACCUAUUAAAAGCUCUUCUCAACUUCUGGGACCUGUUGAGAAGCUCGUCAGUUAACGACAGCGAGAUUUUCGGGAAUCAAGAGUUUAUGAAGGGGAUGAUUGCCGGAGUUAGAUUUUUACUUCAAAGAACGAAUUGCUUGAAUAGAGAAUCGCCAGUUAUCCAACGGUGUGACGGGAUCCGGAGAUGUCGCAAGUCUCUGAUGUCGGAGCUCUCGUCGCUGGUGAAGACUGCUAAGCGAAUGCAAGAGAGCCAACGAGAAAUCCUCAACCCCCCUGAAGAUGUGAACGACAUCGUCGAUGAGAUGAUCUUGAAGGCCUUGCGUAUUGUUACUAAAGCAGUUCGAUUUAUGGAUACUCUUGACGAGAAUAAGAUGGGUCGAGUUCCUGCCCCUAUCACUAUUAUGGAUACUGUCCUGGAGGAGACGCCGAAUCUUUCUACGCCCCCAGCGGAUCCGAUGGUGGUUGAUAGCCAUGAUGAGGCUCGCUCUGUCAUCAGCAGCGAAGCUGCGACCUUGGCCAGCUUAGAAGGCCGUUCACCCGCUCCUUCUGUAAGCAUUGAGGCACCGGAAAUGGGUCACGAUUUCCCACUGCCUUCGAACAGGCGUCUCUCUUCCUUGAAUCCCUCACAGAGGUCACAAUCUCCAGCAUUCUCACACCGUUUAUCUCAAGGGAGUAAUGUUAACUCCAAUCGAACCUCUUCUAUCUCACAUCGGGUCUCUCUUGUAGGUCCGGCCAGCUGCCUUCGUCGCAACAAGCUCGCGUUGGAGUGCCUCAACCGUAGCCAUGAUGCGUUUUUGUCACACUUGGGUUCAUUCAUUGGACGACUUCACCAGUCUCAAUCAAGCCCCGAGCUGUCAUCCGCGAUAAAGCAGUGCGCAGGAACAGGUGGACGGCUGCUUGGUGUCAUUGACGCCGUGAUCACAUACAACCAGAACAGCAAUGUCAUCCUUGUCGUUGCAAGAGGGGCUUUGUUCGACCAGAUCCACCACCUUGUCUUUGCUGCUCGAGACACCAUUGUGAACUCCACCGUUGAGGAGGCCGACCUUAUUAUGCCCCAAGAUAAUCAUAUCUUGUUGACUUCAGCCACCGGAUGUGUGCGAACAGCGGGAGAUUGCGUCGCGAAAGCCAGGACCACAAUCGAAUGGGUGGGUGAUUUUGAACUGGAAAAGGAGGACAUGGAAACCGAUCUAGGAAUCGAUUUGACCAUUCUAGACGAUGCUUUCGUGGUUAGGGAGAGAAAGCCGUCGGCAGCAGGGCAGUCUGAUUCGGGAAGCGCCGCAGAAUCGACAUGCACAGCUGGCUCUGCCACUCCUGGUCCUCGGCAACUUGGCGGUUUUGAUAUCGACAAGCCUCUUCCAGAUGUGCCUGAGAUGGAUAUCGCUGAGGAUGUUCUCCCUGUCACUGAAACCCGACCUUCUUCCAAGGGGGGCGAGAGUGUGAGCAGCACCACAUCCCCGGCUUCUUCAAGACGACAGUCAAUUGCACUCCUCAACAUUUCUACCGUGGUCACUGAACAGGUAUCUCAAGACGAGCACCAUGCUUUCUCUGAACAGGACUAUCACGCAUCCUCGGGAUUUGACAGCCUGGUAGCAUCCAGCGCCGGUAGCAGUGCCACUUUCCUAAGCCGCGAUUCUGAAGCCAGCGUGACUUCUCAGGGAUCCACUCGAGCCUCAACUCCUGACCAUACUCAUGUUCCUCGUAACCAGCCUUCCAUGUCCGAACUCAGUGCUUCUGCUGCAUCAAACAAUACGGAAGAAGUUGAGGACCUUGAAUCACGCCUUAUGGAGAAGACGUUUGCUCACGAGCUCAUGUUCAAUAGGGAGGGUCAAGUGACUGGUGGAACUCUCCCGGCACUUGUGGAGCGCUUGACGACGCAUGAAGCCGCCCCUGAUGCCAUGUUUGUUUCUACUUUUUACCUUACCUUCCGAUUGUUUUGCAGCCCGCUUAAGCUGGCCGAAACCCUCAUCGACCGAUUUGAGUACGUUGGAGAGAGCCCUCAUAUGUCAGGGCCAGUGCGCUUGCGAGUAUAUAAUGCUUUCAAGGGCUGGCUUGAAACUCACUGGAGAGAUCAAACUGAUCGUGAAGCUCUCGUCUUGAUCACCACCUUUGCAGAGGGUAGACUAAGUGAGCUCCUGCCCCCUGCUGGGCGCCGACUUGUGGAGUUGGCCCACCGCGUUUCUGGUGGUGCUUCGCUUGUUCCACGACUUGUCUCAUCUAUGGGCAAGACAAACACAUCCAUUGCGCAAUAUGUCCCGGCUGAGACUCCUGUUCCAGCAACUUCGCUCUCAAAGAGCCAGCAGAACCUGCUCUCUGUUUGGAAAUCAGGUGGCGCCUCGCCCAAUGUUCUCGACUUUGAGCCAAUCGAGUUAGCUCGUCAACUCACAGUUAAGCAAAUGAACAUCUUUUGCGCUAUUUCACCCGAGGAGCUUCUCGCUUCUCAGUGGAUGAAGAAUGGAGGCGUGGACGCUCCAAACGUGAAAGCCAUGUCCGCGCUCUCUACGGAUAUCUCGAACUUGGUGGCCGACACUAUCCUCCAACACUCGGAGAUCAAGAAACGAGCUGCUGUCCUCAAGCAGUGGAUCAAGAUUGCUCACCACUGUCUAGAGUUGAACAACUAUGAUGGACUCAUGGCUAUCAUUUGUAGUCUCAACAGCAGCACUAUUAGCCGCUUAAGGAAGACGUGGGAUACCCUCUCCGUCCGACGAAAGACGAUGCUCCGUACUCUUCAGGAACUUGUCGAGCCAUCUCAAAACAACAAGAUACUUCGAACUCGUCUCCAUGAUCACGUCCCACCAUGCCUCCCAUUCCUUGGCAUGUAUCUCACCGAUUUGACUUUUGUUGAUAUCGGCAACCCACCAACCAAGCAAAUGUCCUUUGGUGAGGAAACCGACGAUCACAGGGCAAGCGGCAUGACAGUUAUCAAUUUCGAUAAGCAUGCCCGUACUGCAAAGAUCAUCGGUGAACUCCAGCGAUUCCAAAUUCCUUAUCGCCUUAGUGAGGUCCCCGACAUGCAGGACUGGUUUGGCGAUCAAAUCAACAAGGUCCGCGAAGGUGACCAAGGCAAGAUACAAGUCACAUAUUAUCGGAAGAGUCUGCUCUUGGAACCUCGCGAGACUGCUGUGGCCCGCACCCCCACUGAGCCAACGCCCUCGAUUGCGGCGGGAUCAUCUCGUACCGAUCUGUUUGGCUGGAUGUCCCGCGACCGAGCAAACUAA